GCUGUCUUCAUCGACUCUGCCCCGGGGUGGGGGUUGGGGUUUUUAUGUCUGUAGAGGAUGAGAUGAUACCUGAGCUAAGCUUAAAGUAACCGUAGAAGUUAUGCAGACUAGAGAGUGUGGGGGGAAAAAGGAUUUGGGAAAAGGCAAGCUCCUAGGGAGGGUGGAGAGCUCGUUGCAUUCCAGCAAGUGAAAGGAGCGGGGAAGGGGACAGGAGAUGAGGCUGCGGAGGGUGAAAGCGACCGCUAGCAGGAACACUUUUGAAACAAUAGACGCGCGUGAUAAUAAGGACUUGAAUUAGGCUCCAGCAGUGACAGCUUGUAAGCAAUUAGGAGUUAUAGUUGUUCCUGAGGGGUUUUGGAUUUGAUUUCUGCUACUGAGAGUUGUCCCUACCGUAGACCAGAACUUUCCCAAGAGCUCUGGUUUCCACCAAGGACUCUGAACCUUUUCUGUCUCUGAUUAUUUGCUGUUUCCAGUUCAUCCUUUCUCUCUACUGAAUCUUUUCAUCAUCAUUCUGAAUUGUUUGGAUUUCUCCCAUUCUGGAAAAAAGGGGUACUUUUAAUGCAAUUUGCCUGGCACUGUGCACAACAGUCAACAAAAGACACCCAAGUUUCUUUCAUAGAAUUUUACAGUUGAGUGGGGAAAGCAGACACUGAUCAAAGAAUCAAAUAAACAUGAAAUUAUGAUUGGUAUAAGAGCAACAGUGGAGAAGUACAGAAGAGGGUAAGACUGGGGGGGAUCUGAUUUGGACAUUUAAGUCAAGACCUGAAGAGUGAAUAAAUGUUAGGACAAGAGCUGUCCAAGCAAAGGAAGUGAACUGGGUGAGGCCUCAAGGUGGACAGACACUUUGGGAAUUGAAGCAACUAUUUCAGGCAAACAUGGCUGGAGCGCCGUGGGUGAGGGGAUGAGGCAGGUUGAGCUGUUUGUAUCCUGCAAAGAUACAUUAAGAGGAUUGGCUCCUGAGAGCAAUGGGUAUGACAGCCAACGUCCUCGUGGCCUACAAGGUGUAUACUAAUGCUAGUCCCACUAAGGCCACUUGCAGAAGUUCAGCCCUACUGGUCAUAUCUCAGUACCACAGCCAGCCAAGACUGAUCAUGAAGAAGCCACGAGCAGCUGUGGGGAAUCGAAGUGGUCGCAGGAAGCAGGCAUCCAGCCAGGAGGGAAAGGAGAAAUGGGCCUUCGGCAGCAGCCAGGCCAAGCCGUCUGCCCCCAGUGCAGGGCCGGCCAGGCAGCAGAAGGCGUUAUUGCAGGCCUCUGUCUCCCCAUACCAUCUAUUCAGAGAUGUGGCCGAGGUCACAGCCCUCCAGGAGAGCUUGCUGGAUUGGUAUGACCGAAAGAAGCGGGACCUACCCUGGAGAAGGCUGGUGGAGGGUGAGGUGGACCUAGACAGGCGGGCAUACGCUGUGUGGGUUGCAGAGGUCAUGCUGCAGCAGACCCAGGUUGCCACGGUGAUCAACUAUUAUACCCGAUGGAUGCAGAAGUGGCCAACGCUGCAGGACCUGGCCAGUGCUUCCCUGGAGGAAGUUAACCAACUCUGGGCCGGCCUGGGCUAUUACUCUCGAGGCCGGUGGCUACAUGAAGGAGCCCGGAAGGUGGUAGAGGAGCUAGGGGGCCACAUGCCACGUACAGCAGAGACCCUGCAGCUGUUCCUACCUGGGGUAGGGCGGUACACAGCCGGAGCUAUUGCUUCCAUAGCCUUUGGCCAGGCCGCCGGAGUGGUAGAUGGGAACGUCAUACGGGUGCUGUGCCGUGUCCGAGCCAUAGGUGCUGAUCCCAGCAGCACUCUUGUCUCCCAGCACCUCUGGAGCCUAGCCCAGCAGCUGGUGGAUCCAGCCCGGCCAGGGGACUUUAACCAAGCAGCCAUGGAGUUGGGGGCCAUAGUGUGCACCCCGAAGCGCCCACUCUGCAGCCACUGCCCUGUGCAGAACCUGUGCCGGGCACACCAGAGGGUGGAGCGGGAGCAGCUUUCAGCCUCACAGAGCCUGCCAGGCAAUUGUGACGUGGAGGAGUGUGCUCCCAACACUGGACAGUGCCUGCUGUGUGCACCUCCCACAGAGCCCUGGGACCAGACCCUGGGAGUGACCAACUUUCCCAGAAAGGCCAGCCGCAAGCCCCCCAGGGAGGAGUGCUCUGCCAUCUGUGUUCUGGAGCAGCCCAAGGCCCUUGGGGGUGCCCACAUUCUGCUGGUGCAGAGGCCCAACUCAGGUCUGCUGGCAGGACUGUGGGAGUUCCCAUCCGUGAGUGUGAAUGCGGAAGCCUCAGGGCAGCAUCAGCGGGAGGCCCUGCUGCAGGAACUGCAGAGUUGGGUGGGCCCCCUCCCAGACACAUGCCUUCAGCACCUGGGGCAGGUGGUCCACACCUUCUCUCACAUCAAGAUGACAUACCAAGUAUACGGUCUGGCCCUGGAAGAACACACCCCAGUGACCAUUGUACCACCCGGCGCUCGCUGGCUGACCCGGGAGGACUUUCACACUGCAGCCGUCUCCACCGCCAUGAAAAAGGUGUUCCGCAUGUAUGAAGGCCAACAGCCUGGCACCUGCAAGGGUUCCAAAAGAUCCCAGGUGGCCACCCUGUCCAAACGGAAAAAGCCCAGUCCAGGCCAGCAAGUCCUGGAGAGUUUCUUUUGGCCCCACGUCCCCACUGAUGCACCCAGCCUCAACACUGCAGCCCAGUGAUGCCUUUGGAAUCCUCCACCCUGCUGAGAAUCCUGUUUAAUAAAAUGCUUAUUUUUGUAGUCA